GACAGCAGGGUUGGAGUGAGAGGUGAUGUGUUCACCAACUAUUAGACAGCAGGGUUGGAGUGAGAGGUAAUGUGUUCACCAACUAUUAGACAGCAGGGUUCGAGUGAGAGGUGAUGUGUUCACCGACUAUUAGACAGCAGGGUUGGAGUGAGAGGUGAUGUGUUCACCGACUAUUAGACAGCAGGGUUGGAGUGAGAGGUGAUGUGUUCACCGACUAUUAGACAGCAGGGUUGGAGUGAGAGGUGAUGUGUUCAACGACUAUUAGACAGCCGGGUUGGAGUGAGAGGUGAUGUGUUCACCAACUAUUAGACAGCAGGGUUGGAGUGAGAGGUGAUGUGUUCACAGACUAUUAGACAGCAGGGUUGGAGUGAGAGGUGAUGUGUUCACCGACUAUUAGACAGCAGGGUUGGAGUGAGAGUAUUAGACAGCAGGGUUGGAGUGAGAGGUGAUGUGUUCACCGACUAUUAGACAGCAGGGUUGGAGUGAGAGGUGAUGUGUUCACCAACUAUUAGACAGCAGGGUUGGAGUGAGAGGUGAUGUGUUCACCGACUAUUAGACGGCAGGGUUGGAGUGAGAGGUGAUGUGUUCACCAACUAUUAGACGGCAGGGUUGGAGUGAGAGGUGAUGUGUUCACCGACUAUUAGACAGCAGGGUUGGAGUGAGAGGUGAUGUCUUCCCCAACUAUUAGACAGCAGGGUUGGAGAGAGAGGUCAUGUGUUCACCGACUAUUAGACAGCAGGGUUGGAGUGAGAGGUGAUCUGUUCACCGACUAUUAGACAGCAGGGUUGGAGUGAGAGGUGAUGUGUUCACCGACUAUUAGACAGCAGGGUUGGAGUGAGAGGUGAUGUGUUCAUCAACUAUUAGACAGCAGGGUUGGAGUGAGAGGUGAUGUGUUCACCGUCUAUUAGACGGCAGGGUUGGAGUGAGAGGUGAUGUGUUCACCGACUAUUAGACAGCAGGGUUGGAGUGAGAGGUGAUGUGUUCACCAACUAUUAGACAGCAGGGUUGGAGUGAGAGGUGAUGUGUUCACCAACUAUUAGACAGCAGGGUUGGAGUGAGAGGUGAUGUGUUCACAGACUAUUAGACAGCAGGGUUGGAGUGAGAGGUGAUGUGUUCACCAACUAUUAGACAGCAGGGUUGGAGUGAGAGUAUUAGACAGCAGGGUUGGAGUGAGAGGUGAUGUGUUCACCGACUAUUAGACGGCAGAGUUGGAGUGAGAGGUGAUGUGUUCACCAACUAUUAGACGGCAGGGUUGGAGUGAGAGGUGAUGUGUUCACCGACUAUUAGACAGCAGGGUUGGAGUGAGAGGUGAUGUGUUCCCCAACUAUUAGACAGCAGGGUUGGAGUGAGAGGUGAUGUGUUCACCAACUAUUAGACAGCAGGGUUGGAGUGAGAGGUGAUGUGUUCACUAACUAUUAGACAGCAGGGUUGGAGUGAGAGGUGAUGUGUUCACCGACUAUUAGACAGCAGGGUUGGAGUGAGAGGUGAUGUGUUCACCGACUAUUAGACAGCAGGGUUGGAGUGAGAGGUGAUGUGUUCACCGACUAUUAGACAGCAGGGUUGGAGUGAGAGGUGAUGUGUUCACCAACUAUUAGACAGCAGGGUUGGAGUGAGAGGUGAUGUGUUCACCAACUAUUAGACAGCAGGGUUGGAGUGAGAGGUGAUGUGUUCACCGACUAUUAGACAGCAGGGUUGGAGUGAGAGGUGAUGUGUUCACCGACUAUUAGACAGCAGGGUUGGAGUGAGAGGUGAUGUGUUCACCAACUAUUAGACAGCAGGGUUGGAGUGAGAGGUGAUGUGUUCACCGACUAUUAGACGGCAGGGUUGGAGUGAGAGGUGAUGUGUUCACCGACUAUUAGACGGCAGGGUUGGAGUGAGAGGUGAUGUGUUCACCAACUAUUAGACAGCAGGGUUGGAGUGAGAGGUGAUGUGUUCACCGACUAUUAGACAGCAGGGUUGGAGUGAGAGGUGAUGUGUUCACUAACUAUUAGACAGCAGGGUUGGAGUGAGAGGUGAUGUGUUCACCGACUAUUAGACAGCAGGGUUGGAGUGAGAGGUGAUGUGUUCACCAACUAUUAGACAUCAGGGUUGGAGUGAGAGGUGAUGUGUUCACUAACUAUUAGACAGCAGGGUUGGAGUGAGAGGUGAUGUGUUCACCAACUAUUAGACAUCAGGGUUGGAGUGAGAGGUGAUGUGUUCACCGACUAUUAGACAGCAGGGUUGGAGUGAGAGGUGAUGUGUUCACCAACUAUUAGACAGCAGGGUUGGAGUGAGAGGUUAUGUGUUCCCCGACUAUUAGACAGCAGGGUUGGAGUGAGAGGUGAUGUGUUCACCAACUAUUAGACAGCAGGGUUGGAGUGAGAGGUGAUGUGUUCACCAACUAUUAGACAGCAGGGUUGGAGUGAGAGGUGAUGUGUUCACCGACUAUUAGACAGCAAGGUUGGAGUGAGAGGUGAUGUGUUCACCGACUAUUAAACAGCAGGGUUGGAGUGAGAGGUGAUGUGUUCACCAACUAUUAGACAGCAGGGUUGGAGUGAGAGGUGAUGUGUUCACCGACUAUUAGACGGCAGGGUUGGAGUGAGAGGUGAUGUGUUCACCAACUAUUAGACAGCAGGGUUGGAGUGAGAGGUGAUGUGUUCCCCAACUAUUAGACAGCAGGGUUGGAGUGAGAGGUGAUGUGUUCACCGACUAUUAGACAGCAGGGUUGGAGUGACAGGUGAUGUGUUCCCCAACUAUUAGACAGCAGGGUUGGAGUGAGAGGUGAUGUGUUCACCAACUAUUAGACGGCAGGGUUGGAGUGAGAGUAUUAGACAGCAGGGUUGGAGUGAGAGGUGAUGUGUUCACCAACUAUUAGACAGCAGGGUUGGAGUGAGAGGUGAUGUGUUCACCGACUAUUAGACGGCAGGGUUGGAGUGAGAGGUGAUGUGUUCACCGACUAUUAGACAGCAGGGUUGGAGUGAGAGGUGAUGUGUUCACCAACUAUUAGACAGCAAGGUUGGAGUGAGAGGUGAUGUGUUCACCAACUAUUAGACAGCAGGGUUGGAGUGAGAGGUGAUGUGCUCACCAACUAUUAGACAGCAGGGUUGGAGUGAGAGGUGAUGUGUUCACCGACUAUUAGACAGCAGGGUUGGAGUGAGAGGUGAUGUGUUCACCGACUAUUAGACAGCAGGGUUGGAGUGAGAGGUGAUGUGUUCACCAACUAUUAGACAGCAGGGUUGGAGUGACAGGUGAUGUGUUCACCAACUAUUAGACAGCAGGGUUGGAGUGAGAGGUGAUGUGUUCGCCAACUAUUAGACGGCAGGGUUGGAGUGAGAGGUGAUGUGUUCAUCAACUAUUAGACAGCAGGGUUGGAGUGAGAGGUGAUGUGUUCACCAACUAUUAGACAGCAGGGUUGGAGUGAGAGGUGAUGUGUUCACCGACUAUUAGACAGCAGGGUUGGAGUGAGAGGUGAUGUGUUCACCAACUAUUAGACAGCAGGGUUGGAGUGAGAGGUGAUGUGUUCACCAACUAUUAGACAGCAUGGUUGGAGUGAGAGGUGAUGUGUUCACCGACUAUUAGACAGCAGGGUUGGAGUGAGAGGUGAUGUGUUCACCGACUAUUAGACAGCAGGGUUGGAGUGAGAGGUGAUGUGUUCACCAACUAUUAGACAGCAGGGUUGGAGUGAGAGGUGAUGUGUUCACCAACUAUUAGACAGCAGGGUUGGAGUGAGAGGUGAUGUGUUCACCAACUAUUAGACAGCAGGGUUGGAGUGAGAGGUGAUGUGUUCACCGACUAUUAGACAGCAGGGUUUGAGUGAGAGUAUUAGACAGCAGGGUUGGAGUGAGAGGUGAUGUGUUCACCAACUAUUAGACAGCAGGGUUGGAGUGAGAGGUGAUGUGUUCACCGACUAUUAGACAGCAGGGUUGGAGUGAGAGAUGAUGUGUUCACCGACUAUUAGACAGCAGGGUUGGAGUGAGAGGUGAUGUGUUCACCGACUAUUAGACGGCAGGGUUGGAGUGAGAGGUGAUGUGUUCCCCAACUAUUAGACAGCAGGGUUGGAGUGAGAGUAUUAGACAGCAGGGUUGGAGUGAGAGGUGAUGUGUUCACUAACUAUUAGACAGCAGGGUUGGAGUGAGAGGUGAUGUGUUCACCAACUAUUAGACAGCAGGGUUGGAGUGAGAGGUGAUGUGUUCACCGACUAUUAGACAGCAGGGUUGGAGUGAGAGGUGAUGUGUUCACCGACUAUUAGACAGCAGGGUUGGAGUGAGAGUAUUAGACAGCAGGGUUGGAGUGAGAGGUGAUGUGUUCACCAACUAUUAGACAGCAGGGUUGGAGUGAGAGGUGAUGUGUUCACCGACUAUUAGACAGCAGGGUUGGAGUGAGAGAUGAUGUAUUCACCGACUAUUAGACAGCAGGGUUGGAGUGAGAGGUGAUGUGUUCACCGACUAUUAGACGGCAGGGUUGGAGUGAGAGGUGAUGUGUUCCCCAACUAUUAGACAGCAGGGUUGGAGUGAGAGUAUUAGACAGCAGGGUUGGAGUGAGAGGUGAUGUGUUCACCAACUAUUAGACAGCAGGGUUGGAGUGAGAGGUGAUGUGUUCACCAACUAUUAGACAGCAGGGUUGGAGUGAGAGGUGAUGUGUUCACCGACUAUUAGACAGCAGGGUUGGAGUGAGAGGUGAUGUGUUCACCAACUAUUAGACAGCAGGGUUGGAGUGAGAGGUGAUGUGUUCACCAACUAUUAGACAGCAGGGUUGGAGUGAGAGGUGAUGUGUUCACCAACUAUUAGACAGCAGGGUUGGAGUGAGAGGUGAUGUGUUCACCGACUAUUAGACAGCAGGGUUGGAGUGAGAGGUGAUGUGUUCACCAACUAUUAGACAGCAGGGUUGGAGUGAGAGGUGAUGUGUUCACCAACUAUUAGACAGCAUGGUUGGAGUGAGAGGUGAUGUGUUCACCGACUAUUAUACAGCAGGGUUGGAGUGAGAGGUGAUGUGUUCACCGACUAUUAGACAGCAGGGUUGGAGUGAGAGGUGAUGUGUUCACCAACUAUUAGACAGCAGGGUUGGAGUGAGAGGUGAUGUGUUCACCAACUAUUAGACAGCAGGGUUGGAGUGAGAGGUGAUGUGUUCACCAACUAUUAGACAGCAGGGUUGGAGUGAGAGGUGAUGUGUUCACCGACUAUUAGACAGCAGGGUUGGAGUGAGAGUAUUAGACAGCAGGGUUGGAGUGAGAGGUGAUGUGUUCACCAACUAUUAGACAGCAGGGUUGGAGUGAGAGGUGAUGUGUUCACCGACUAUUAGACAGCAGGGUUGGAGUGAGAGAUGAUGUGUUCACCGACUAUUAGACAGCAGGGUUGGAGUGAGAGGUGAUGUGUUCACCGACUAUUAGACGGCAGGGUUGGAGUGAGAGGUGAUGUGUUCCCCAACUAUUAGACAGCAGGGUUGGAGUGAGAGUAUUAGACAGCAGGGUUGGAGUGAGAGGUGAUGUGUUCACUAACUAUUAGACAGCAGGGUUGGAGUGAGAGGUGAUGUGUUCACCAACUAUUAGACAGCAGGGUUGGAGUGAGAGGUGAUGUGUUCACCGACUAUUAGACAGCAGGGUUGGAGUGAGAGGUGAUGUGUUCACCGACUAUUAGACAGCAGGGUUGGAGUGAGAGUAUUAGACAGCAGGGUUGGAGUGAGAGGUGAUGUGUUCACCAACUAUUAGACAGCAGGGUUGGAGUGAGAGGUGAUGUGUUCACCGACUAUUAGACAGCAGGGUUGGAGUGAGAGAUGAUGUGUUCACCGACUAUUAGACAGCAGGGUUGGAGUGAGAGGUGAUGUGUUCACCGACUAUUAGACGGCAGGGUUGGAGUGAGAGGUGAUGUGUUCCCCAACUAUUAGACAGCAGGGUUGGAGUGAGAGUAUUAGACAGCAGGGUUGGAGUGAGAGGUGAUGUGUUCACUAACUAUUAGACAGCAGGGUUGGAGUGAGAGGUGAUGUGUUCACCAACUAUUAGACAGCAGGGUUGGAGUGAGAGGUGAUGUGUUCACCGACUAUUAGACAGCAGGGUUGGAGUGAGAGGUGAUGUGUUCACCGACUAUUAGACAGCAGGGUUGGAGUGAGAGUAUUAGACAGCAGGGUUGGAGUGAGAGGUGAUGUGUUCACCAACUAUUAGACAGCAGGGUUGGAGUGAGAGGUGAUGUGUUCACCGACUAUUAGACAGCAGGGUUGGAGUGAGAGAUGAUGUGUUCACCGACUAUUAGACAGCAGGGUUGGAGUGAGAGGUGAUGUGUUCACCGACUAUUAGACGGCAGGGUUGGAGUGAGAGGUGAUGUGUUCCCCAACUAUUAGACAGCAGGGUUGGAGUGAGAGUAUUAGACAGCAGGGUUGGAGUGAGAGGUGAUGUGUUCACCAACUAUUAGACAGCAGGGUUGGAGUGAGAGGUGAUGUGUUCACCAACUAUUAGACAGCAGGGUUGGAGUGAGAGGUGAUGUGUUCACCGACUAUUAGACAGCAGGGUUGGAGUGAGAGGUGAUGUGUUCACCAACUAUUAGACAGCAGGGUUGGAGUGAGAGGUGAUGUGUUCACCGACUAUUAGACAGGAAUGUAUUUCCUUUAUCCUUCUCAUAGCACAGCCACAACACACUAGAAUCUGUAUUCAGACACACACACACACACACACAAUACAACACACUAGAAACUGUAUUCAGACACACACACACACACACACACACACACACACACACACACACACACACACACACACACACACACACACACACACACACACAAUACAACACACUAGAAACUGGAUUCAGACACACACACACACACACACACACACGGACGCACGCACACCAUACAUUGGUCAUCAUGAUCUGAUGUCAUCACGUUGUUUUAUCUGUUUAUCCACAUAGCAUACUGCAAUGACUUUAAGACUUUCCCAUGUCAUUCCAUUCCCAUGUUUCUGUUUACUCCAUCUUCGUUGGUUCUCUCUCUCUCUCUAUCUCUAUUUUCUGCUAUUUUCUCUCCACAGCACUGUUACUGGCUGAAGAUGUUCCUAAGUUCUCGUCAGAGGAAGAGGAAGCUAAGCGGAUCGCAGAGAUGGGGAAGCCAGUGCUGGGGGAACACUCUAAACUGGAGGUCAUCAUUGAGGAGUCCUACGAGUUCAAGAACACGGUGGACAAGCUGAUCAAGAAGACGAACCUGGCGCUGGUGGUGGGCACCAACUCCUGGAGACAACAGUUCUUGGAGGCCAUCACAGUCAGUGCAGGAGACGAGGAUGAGGAAGACUCUGGUGAAGAGCGUCUCCCGUCAUGUUUCGACUACGUCAUGCACUUCCUCACCGUCUUCUGGAAGGUGCUGUUUGCCUGUGUUCCUCCCACGGACUACCUGAACGGCUGGGCCUGCUUCUUCAUCUCCAUCAUCAUCAUCGGCAUGCUGACCGCAGUGAUAGGAGAUCUGGCCUCUCACUUCGGCUGCACCAUCGGCCUGAAGGACUCUGUUACUGCCGUGGUGUUCGUGGCGCUGGGUACAUCUGUCCCUGACACAUUUGCCAGUAAGGUAGCGGCGGUGCAGGACACAUAUGCAGACGCCUCCAUCGGUAAUGUGACGGGCAGCAACGCAGUCAACGUGUUCCUGGGCAUCGGGGUUGCGUGGUCGAUAGCCGCCAUCUACUGGCACAUGCAGGGCAAGCAGUUUGUGGUGGAGGCCGGCUCCCUGGCCUUCUCCGUCACCCUCUACACCAUCUUCGCCUUCCUGGGGUUCUCCGUGCUGCUGUACCGCCGCCGGGCCCACAUCGGGGGGGAGCUGGGCGGGCCGCGAGGACACAGACUGGCCACCUCAGCCUUCUUCUUCAGUCUCUGGUUUCUCUACAUCCUCUUCUCCAGCAUGGAGGCCUACUGUCAUAUAGAGGGCUUCUAGAACACUUCUGGAACACUUCUGGAACACUUCUAGAACCCUUCUGAAAGGCUUCUGGAGCAUUCUAGAGCCUCCUUUCAGGCUCCUUCCAGGAGGUUCAAAGUAGAACUUUAGGAAGUUAAACUGGGAAUGAUCUGGAAUGAUGGAAUGAUGGUUUGUGGGUAUAAAGGGAUGAGAAGGGGAGAAGAAUAGGAAGUGAAGGGGGUUUGUGGUGGUAAUAACCCCCUCUCCUCCACCCUCCCUCAACCCCCCUCUAAGGACCCCCAGACGUGGUCAGUCUAUCUAUCUUUGUUAAAGCAUUGAGAGCCGGUCUGUUACCCACGUAGGAGUGCUUACAGCUGGGAUUGGGGAACCGUCGUACUGGGGUGAGAGCACCAGGAGUGGGUCUCAUCUGGUCUGGUCUGGUCUGGUCUCAUCUGGUCUGAUCUGGUCUCAUCUGGUCUGGUCUGGUCUCGUCUGGUCUCAUCUGAUCUGGUCUCACAUUGGUCUCAUCUGGUCUGGUCUGGUCUCAUCUGGUCUGGUCUCAUCUGGUCUGGUCUGGUCUCAUCUGGUCUGGUCUCAUCUGGUCUCAUCUGGUCUGAUCUGGUCUCAUCUGGUCUGAUCUCAUCUGGUCUGGUCUGGUCUCAUCUGGUCUCGUCUGGUCUCAUCUGGUCUGAUCUGGUCUCAUCUGGUCUGGUCUCACCUGGUCUGAUCUCAUCUGGUCUGAUCUGGUCUCAUCUGGUCUGGUCUCAUCUGGUCUCAUCUGGUCUGGUCUCAUCUGGUCUGGUCUCAUCUGGUUUGGUCUCAUAUGGUCUGGUUUGUAUUCCACUACAAGAGACAACUGGUCUUAAAGCUGGAGAGAUCUGAGCUGCCAUUAGAAGUCUCAACACCUUGAUGAGAACAAUUUUUUUUAAACAACAACAAAAAUGACCAAAAAAAAUGACAAAUCAAAGAUGCUAUUUUCUGAUCUUACAUUACGGAGAACAAAAAAAAAGAUGACAUCGUUAACGGAAAAUAUGUUGUUGAUGAUGAAUGGACUCAUAGUGUUUAGUUUCUUAUUAAACGAACGCAGCGGCAGAGAUCUCAGAGACAAAGAGGAGGAGCAACGGAGGAAAACGAAGUAACGACAGAUCAAAAACUAAGUAACAAAACGAAGAAACGACAGGUCAAAAACUAAGUAACAAAACGAAGAAACGACAGGUCAACUAUCAAACUAAAGACGGGAGGAUAAGGAGAGGAAAGCAAGGAUUAUCAAACUGCCUUGAACAUUACUUCACUACUCUCUCUCUCUAUAUAUAUAUAAUAUAGAGACAUAUUUUCUGUAUAUUUUGAAUAUUUGUUUUCAAUGUUGUCACAUUCGGCUUCUUCAGUCAGAGGACUGCUGUGGUUUGGUUUGGGGGGGGGG